UCCUGUGACGCAGGCGCCCGAGGCUGUUUGGGCGGGAAAAAGCGGCUGACGGGCGGAGCGGCCGGCGGGAGCAGGUUCCCGGUGUUGGCGGAGCGGCCUCUUCCCCGACAUGGGGCUGCUGGAGCUGUGCGAGCAGGUGUUCGGCACCGCCGACCUCUACCGGGUGCUGGGCGUGCGGCGCGAGGCGUCCGACGGCGAGGUCCGGCGCGGUUACCACAAGGUGUCCCUGCAAGUGCACCCGGACCGUGUAGACCCGGACCAGAAAGAGGAUGCCACCCGCCGCUUCCAGAUCUUGGGGAGAGUCUAUGCGGUUCUGAGUGACAAGGAGCAGAGAGCCGUGUACGAUGAGCAGGGGACAGUGGACGAGGACACUGCUGGCCUCAACCAAGACCGGGACUGGGAUGCGUAUUGGAGGUUACUUUUUAAAAAGAUAUCGCUAGAGGACAUUCAGGCUUUUGAAAACACAUACAAAGGCUCUGAAGAAGAGCUAGCCGAUAUUAAGCAGGCCUACCUGGACUUCAAGGGCGACAUGGAUCAGAUCAUGGAGUCUGUGCUUUGUGUGCAAUACACAGACGAGCCCCGGAUAAGAAACAUCAUUCAACAAGCCAUCGAUGCCAAAGAGGUCCCGUCCUACAAUGCCUUCGUCAAAGAGUCUAAGCAAAAGAUGAAUGCAAGGAAGAGGAGGGCCCAGGAAGAGGCUAAAGAGGCCGAGUUGAGCCGGAAGGAGCUGGGGCUGCAGGAGGGAGUGGAGAAUCUGAAAGCCCUCAUCCAGAGCAGACAAAAGGAUCGGCAAAAGGAAAUGGACAAUUUUCUGGCUCAGAUGGAAGCAAAAUACUGCAAACCUUCCAAAGGGAAAAGAACGGCAUCCAAGAAGGAAAAGAAAUAAUGGAGUUUUUCUCUUCACGGGUCCUUAUGUGUCAGUGGUGCCAUGGUAAACAAGGUGAAGGCAGGUGUUAGCCUAACCUUUGCGAGAAGUUUGUUCUGCUUAAAAUAGCUGGAUCACCUAAGCCAGGCAAGAUUCAUCAACUUGAUCUUAGAGUUUCCUAGAAUUCACCUGACGCUGUAUGAGGGCUUCACAUGAAGGAUGUAGUGGUGAUGGUUGGGAGGGUGGAUGUGACAACAUUUGCUUCCAUGGGUAUUCUGCCCAGGGAGUUGAUGCUCUACCUACGGAGAACACCCUCAGAACACUUGAUGAAUAGCUUCUUAAUAAUCCUACAGAUUCUCUUUUCCUGGUCUACUGUUAUGUUUUGAUUUCUGUCCUUGUGGUAGAAGAGGGUGUUCAUAUUACUGCAGACUAUUUUGUAAAAUUGUAUAUAACUAAAUAAAGAAAAACUUAAAAAGUC